GCCAGAGUGCUAACAUGGCAGCCAUGGGGAUGACACCUCCAGAGGAGAUACUGAAGCCUCUGCCAUCACUCAUUAUUCCCUAUGGCUUAAAGAGCGCGUUGAAGGCUAUCAGUCAUGCAGUGCUGGUGGAGGAGCCAUCAAAUGUUGCUGAAUACAUUGCGUUUUAUUGCAGUGAGCUUCUAUGCAUACGGAAAGAACAUCCAGAGCUUUCCAUUCAAGACCUAACAACUCUCCAGAGAUUCAUGAAAGGACAUUUUGUAGAAAGCUGCACCAGUUUAGCACCUCGCCUCUCUGAUGCUGUGAUCGAUGAGAUCCCGUACGCACAUCCUGUCACAGUAGCCUCCUUAGAUACGCCGCCACCUAUAGCACCGAAUGGAAGUCCGCAGUAUCCACAGACGGAGGAAGAUGAGGCGGAGGGCACCCUCUCAUCUGUCCAAUCAGCAGUGUUCCUGAGGGGACCUGCGGAGAAGGCGGCAUCCAAUGAAAGCUUAGUCUUGAUCCAAGCAAUGAGGCCUCCGUCCAAGCCCAUGAUCAUCGUCCACUCAGACAACCUUCCUGACGUCAUCGUUUUCCAAAACAGUGACCAGCAGUCCUGUCCCUCAUCCGCCCAUUCCAGUGUAGAAGCUCUGAAACAGAGGCCUGGUGAUUCAGGCUCUCAGACUAAUGUUGGCCCUGUCGUGGUGGUGUUUCACAAAGUGCCUUCAGUGCAGGACGUGGCUCAGUCGCUAAACCUUUUGGAGGAGCUGGAGGAGGUGGAGAAUCUGGCGUACGCCGUUGAAGUUUUAGAUUCGGCAUUGCGCGCAGGUGCUGCCGACAGCCCGCCCAAAGAUCAGUCCGCACCCGCCCCAGAACUAGCUAAACGUGAGAUGAAGCCCUCAGGAGAUGGGCAAUCUGAGAACCAAACAUCUGAAAACACUGGAGAUGAAGCAGCCACAGAAACAACAGAGAAAACAACGCUCAGUUCAGAGAUAGUCAAUAAGAAGUCAGACACUCAGCCUUCAGUGGAGGAAGUGACUGAUUCACUGAAUCACAUGGCUUCUCUAACCAAUGAAAACACCUCAUCAGAGCAUGUUGGAGAGACAGCCAUAAAAACUAUCCAGUUUAUGGAACCUUUACAAAUAGCAGGCGAGCCUAUGUUGAAAAGAACCCAAGCAAAUCCCACACCUGCAGUCUCCAUCAAGGCAGUCAUUUCUGAGAGAGACAGACUGAUGAAGAAAAUACUGCAGUCCACUGAGUUGAAAAAGCAAACAGAUAUUUCAAAGUCAAAAAUAACAGGCAUCACAGUAUCGAGCAGUACUGGAGGAUGCCCAGAACACCUUCAGAAAAUGCUAGAGGCCAACGCUGGACAUGCUAAAGCAGAUCCUUCUACACCUGGGUCGAAGAGGAUCAGUCCAGAUGUCAACUCGGCCCUUCAGAGUUCUGUUGACCAGGUCUGGACUCUCUACCAGAUGUCCAAGGAAACUGGAGCAAAGCAGCCAAGUAGCAAGCUUUCACCAUCACAGCCUGACAACUAUAAAUCCCCUGAGAAUAGUGCUCAGCUCAUCAACACUCCGAACUAUGUUCUUCUGAAUGACGAGGAUGCUGGGAGGAAGGGAAACCAACCCAGUGACACAUCUCCAAACACAAACACAGAGAGACCGAAAUCAGGUGCUCAAAGGAACUGGAUCAAACAUCAUCUGCAAAUCUCUCUCCUAGCAGACCCCUUCAGUGGUGCGCCUGAUUGCAGCGGACCUCUGUUAUAUGGCGUGACUUCUGAUCAAGGGAACAUGGCCUGUUCACCAGUGAUCGUCCGUGGUGUCAAUCCCACGUACGCUGCCAGCAAUGACGUAGACAAUUUGAGUGAGGGCAUACCAAGUGAACCAACGUGUAUGCAUUGGUCAAUUGAAAUAACUGUGAAAAAGACAACAGGACAACAACCACCACAAGAUCCUUCCUUGAAAAAAUGAGUAUUGCACAUACCCUGAGACUAUCAGAAUUAAUCUUCA